GGAAGGGUUCGUCCAGGAUAGAUCGAAUAUUAAUCCAUCAAAAGGAAGCCGGAUGAACUCGUGCACCGAAGUCAUUUGCUUCGAUAGGUAAUACUUCUUCGUGGAAUUACUAAGAAAAAUGGAAGAAAAAAAAUAAAAGACGUGUCCCCUCUGAGGAGAAGUUUCGAAAGUCUUGACUGGUUGCUGCGUUGGCUUAUGCUGUGACUGACAAUCUUUUUUGGCGCAUAUCCUUCCAUUCUCUGGGACUUUCGCCAAUAUUACGGAUGAAAUGUUUUCAACUGAGAACCACUGUCUAGAAAGCAGAUACUCACAGAGAGAAAGAGCCGAUCGGCGGCAGCGUUAAGGAGACGAAGAGGAAUUUAGCUGUCCGCUCCGGUUAUUUUUAACGUGUUAUUUUAUAAGGGCAGUCAGUGACAUGUUGGGUGCAAGAAAUUGUCCAUCGCGUAUGACCUAACGUACGUGCUGCUAUUCAGAGAGAGAGAGAGAGAAAGAGAGUGAUGGAGGCCUGCAACGAGAGAGGAGACCAGGUAGGCUCUAAUGGCUCAUCUUCGCAGAAGUCAUGGUCUGAGCUUAGGGGUGUUGUCAGUGAGUUACGUAGAAGACUAUCUGGUAUAUCUGCUGGUUCAGUACCUAGUUCGAUCACCUUUCGGUCUCUACCUGAUGGAAGGACAAGAAUAUAUUUCCUGAGCACACCCAGCAAUGGAUGGGAGACUACUCUACUCUAUGUGGAUAUUGCACAUUCAGAUCAUGCUAAUGGAUAUAGGCUUCAUUGGCAACCUGUUAUCGAAGCUAAUUUUCAAAGCGUGUCGUGCGCGAAUCUACUGUCAAAAGAAGAACAGCUGCUAUGGGAACGCAAGAGACUGACGACCUGGGGCAUUACCAGUUAUGAGAUUCAUCCUGAGAGUGGAAAACUAGUAUUUCCUGCUGCCAGUAGCCUUUAUCAAUGCGUCGAUACUGGAUUUAUGCCAGGGCCCUUAUUUCCCUCCGAACUAAGAAUGUCCACAUCUGGUGCCAAACUGUGUCCUCAAAUUUGUCCAUGGAACAAUGCUCUAGUAGCUCAUACAUGUUCCGGAGACUUACACCUAUCCCACAGCAUUACAGGUUCCUCUGUGAGAUUAACCCAUGCCAGGAAAGGUGGAAGAAGUCUAGCUGAUGAUCCUCUCACAGCAGGAACUCCUUCUUACGUAAUGCAAGAGGAGUUUACAAGGUAUGUCGGUUAUUGGUGGCAGCCAAAAUCUAAUGACGGUAUCUAUAGAAUCGUCUACGAGGAAGUCGACGAAAGCGACGUCAAAAUCUAUUGUUUACCUAUCUCCACAUCAUAUUCAGGUGAAAUUGAUGAAUUUCGAUUUCCCUGCGCGGGCAUGUCUAACGCUAGAAGUAACUUAAAAAUGGUGCAAUUCCGACUCUCGAAGACGCUACAGAUCACUGAUAUCGAGAUACUGGAGUUACAAUAUCCACUUCACACGAUGUUUCCCUGGAUGGAAUAUAUGGUCAGAGUAGGAUGGACUCCGGAUUCUCAAUACGUGUGGGUUCAGUUGCUUGAUCGAAAACAACAGCGACUAGAGUUGGUGUUAUUAUCAGUGGACAAUUUUUGUGAACCACCACCAAACGUAUAUAAUUCCGAGAAUCAUUUUACAUUGUCAUCAGCCAGUGUCCAAGUCAUUUACUCAGAGCAGAGCUCAAUAUGGAUAAACGUCAAUGACCUACUCUAUUUUCUACCCUCUGACGAUCCAACGGAAGUCAAAUUCAUUUGGGGCAGCGAAGAAUCUGAAUUCAGACAUUUGUAUUUAAUCACUUCAAGUAUAGCGGAUAAGAAUGAUGACUCAAUACAUGUACCCUGGACGUUUUGUACUUCAGGAUUAAGCAAUGGCGUUGAGGAACCUCUGGAUCGUAUGGACAGCGUUUUUCUUCAUCCACGUGUUCUUUCGAAAGUCGCUCUUACACAAGGCGACUGGGAAGUCCUGGGUCGUAAAUUGUGGGUGGACGAACCAAAUUCAAUAGUAUAUUUUUCUGGUUUACGUGAAGGUCCCUUGGAACAGCACGUUUAUGCAGUAUCGUUACGUCGCCCGUUGGAAAUAAGAUUACUUACAAGGCCGGGUUACAGUUACAAUAGCAUAUACUUCAAUAAGGAAUGCACCAUGUUGGUCACCGUGUACAGUUCAAUUAAAACACUGCCCGCUUGCCAGGCAUUUAGGAUAUUACAGUCUGACUGGACUGUUGAGAGUAUUUCGUUGACUCCCGUUGGAUAUCUUCUGGAACCGACGAUUCCUGAAUCCGAGAUAUUCGCUCCAGAAAUAUAUACGCACAAAAUCACAUCCGGCGACACAAUUUAUUCAAUGAUAUUCAAGCCACAUAAUUAUCAACCAGGUAACAAGUAUCCCACGAUACUUAAUGUGUAUGGCGGUCCUGCAGUACAGCUUGUGUCAAAUACGUUUAAGGGUAUGAGGCAUUUACGAAUGCACAUGUUGGCUGCACAGGGAUAUUGCGUGGUCCUCAUUGAUUCUCGCGGUUCCCAACACAGAGGCCUAAUGUUUGAAAGUCACUUGCGAAGACGUAUGGGAACAGUAGAAUUGAAUGAUCAAGUAGAAGUAUUAAGAUGGUUAUCAGAAACCACAGGCUAUAUUGAUAUAAAUAGAGUAGCUCUUCAUGGAUGGUCUUAUGGUGGUUACUUGAGUCUUAUGGGAUUGAUACAGUAUCCUGACGUAUUCAAGUUGGCAAUAGCCGGAGCACCGGUGACAUCCUGGAACUUUUACGAUACUGGGUAUACCGAGCGCUAUAUGGACCUUCCGCAGAAUAAUCCACGUGGUUACGUAAACGGAUCAGUCCUGAGCUACAUAAGCAAGUUCCCGGAUGAGGAGAAUCGACUGCUGAUUAUACAUGGGCUCAUGGACGAAAACGUUCACUUUUUUCACACAAGCCAGCUAAUUAAUGCCCUUGUGAAAGUUGGUAAGCCGUAUCAGCUUCAGGUCUAUCCUAACGAGAGACACAGCCUGCGAAAUCUAGACACGAGUAAGCACUACGAAACCACUCUGUUGUCUUUCUUGCAAAAUCAUUUAUAAAUGAAGUCCAAUGCAAUUCGCGAUCGUGCGUGGUCGUAUCCGGUCGGAAGAUUUCGGUUAAAAAAAUGUUUGCAAGUCAAAAUCGAUUAUCGUAUCGAGUAUCCCGAAAUAUAGUGACACCCGAGGAAUGCAAAAAACUGCCAUUAGUUUAUGUACGUAGUAAUAAACAUGAACGAUAAAAAUUGUUCUACUCGCGAUCUGAACUUCGCGACAAAGAGUCAAUCAAUUGAUGAUUGAUUUACGUUAUGGUUCUAAUUAUCUCGUUUUACUGUCGAUACGAAGAAUCAUCGCAAUACCGAAUGCUCCUCAGACUUCGAACACCUUACCUACCUUUAACCCGUUAAUAGUAUUACAAACUUUAUUACUAAAUUAUUCGCAAUAAUGCGCCUAGCUCCAAGCUUCACUUUCACAUCAUUAGGAGCCACACAAGGAGACUUUUUACACAAUAUAAGACUGUCUUAUAUUCUCCUUUUUCCCCUAUCUCUUUCAUGUUAACGUAAGAACAUUUCCCAAAUACGUAAUUAUGUGCGUAAAGUUAAAAGUCGUUGAUUUGAAAUCGCGGAGAGCUAAAGAUCGAAGGAAAAAUUAUGUAUAAAAAAAUUGCAAACAUGAAAUAAGCAUAUAAAAGCCUAGAAUUUAUUAUUUUUCUUUUUUAUUUUAAUAGAAGAAAAAGGAUAAUACUCUGAUUUUUGUAUAUAAAAUUGAUAUUAUUCUCGGCGUGAAGAAUGAUUUUUAACGGCUUUAUCAUUUUAUCCUACGCACAUUCAUUCAUGAAUUUCCGUUAAUCCCUUUCCUUAUCUUCGUACUGCGUCAUUCACCCUCACCCCGUACCAUCGUACUUACUUUUAAUGAUAUUCGCCUUGCGAGCUAGAUAUAUUUUUGAUCAAGUGAGAGUUGUGAAAUAAUCAUGAGACUCGGUGACGCGUACGAACGCGAAAACGAGCAUAUUCACCCCCUUUUAAUAAUAAAAAUAGCAAUGAGUUUGGAGUGAUACAGAUAUUCGCGUCUUACGUCAUUGUGAAACAUUGUAUAUCCAUUGGAUAAUUAUUAUUUGUCAAUAAAUAAAUUCACUAUUUUA